CCUGAAGGGGGUGUGGCUAACUCGACUUGUCAUGUAACGUUGGAGCCGUGACGUCAGUGUACGUUUAACGGGCGGACACAUUCAAAAUGGAAGAAAUGGCAAUGUUUUGGAGGGGAACGCGACAAAAACAAUUUUCGGCCUGGUGAGAGCUCAAAUCUUGACCGUGGAUGGUCUGUGUACGCGUCGCAGUGGCUCACAACCAAUCUGCAUGUUCAAGGCCACCGACAAACGACAAAAUGAGCAUUUCUAUCGGAGAUAAAAUUGAGGACUUUAAAGUCCUCACGCUCCUUGGUAAAGGCUCCUUUGCAUGUGUUUACCGAGCAAAGUCAGUGAAAACUGGACUAGAUGUCGCGAUCAAAACGAUAGACAAAAAGGCGAUGCACAAAGCUGGCAUGGUCCAGCGUGUGACCAACGAGGUGGAAAUUCACUGCCGUUUAAAACAUCCUUCGAUACUUGAGUUGUACAACUACUUUGAGGACAGCAACUAUGUGUACCUGGUGUUAGAGAUGUGCCACAACGGAGAGAUGAGUCGGUUCCUAAAAGAGCGAAAAAUGCCUUUCUCUGAGGAGGACGCGAGACAUUUUAUGCAUCAGAUAGUGAAAGGAAUGCUGUACUUACACACUCACGGCAUCCUGCACAGAGAUUUGACCUUGUCCAAUCUUUUGCUGAGCGGCAACAUGAACAUAAAGAUUGCCGACUUUGGCCUGGCCACUCAGCUGAAGCUCCCAAACGAAAAGCACUUCACAAUGUGCGGAACUCCCAACUACAUCUCCCCCGAGGUGGCCACUCGCAGUGCCCACGGCCUGGAGUCUGACGUGUGGUCCCUGGGCUGCAUGUUCUAUGCCUUCCUAAUGGGACGACCUCCGUUUGACACGGACACGGUCAAACACACUCUGUCCAAAGUGGUUCUCGGGGAAUACCAGAUGCCUACUCAUGUUUCCUUAGAAGCUCAGGACUUGAUUCAUCAACUGCUCCAGAAGGACCCCGCCCACCGACCAAGUCUCUCCGCAGUGCUUGACCACCCCUUCAUGACCCAGAGCCUUCUCGUCAGGACCAAAGACCUGGUGUUGGCCGACGACGGGUCAAUGGACAGCGGUAUUGCCACCAUCUCCACGGCUUGUACCUCCUCCACUUCGGGCAGCAGUGGAAGCCGCCUCCAGAGGAAAGCCAGACACGUGGUUGGUCCUGCCCUGCCCAAUCGCAUGAUGCCCAUUCAGGGUCUUCACCGGCAGCCUGUGAGCGGCUGUUAUGAGGAUGGAGACCAGUGGCAGGUGCCAGACAGUUUUCACACUGAAGGCAGGGGCAGGUCAGAGCGAGCGGGGGGAAACAGUCAGCCUCACUCUCGAUACCUGCGAAGAGCACACUCCUCGGAUCGCUCGAGUUCCUGCGCCUCGGGUCAAGGCUUGAGUCACGAGUUGGGCAGAUGUAGCUCUGAGGACAUGCUGACUGGAGUAGGACGUCCAGUGUUCUCCAUGCCGACAGCCCAGCAGCCAUUCACAAACCACGGCAGACUCCCGUCUCCUCCUGUCAAACAGUCAAAUUCUGGUUACUCAUUAUCCAGUCAAAUGUCACAUUCAUCAAACCCACAGUUUCAGAACCUGGAGGGAGUCACAAACUGGUUGAAUAAUGAUGCCUCUGGACACAGGCCAACAGACGGCAGCACACACAGCAGCAGCAGCAUCAGAGGACCUUUAGGGGUCCACAACUCCUGGUCAGAGAAGCCCGUCGGUAGAGUUUUAAACCCACAGCACAGUGGUCACCACCUCCAACAUCACCUGUCCUCUAACGCCGACUCAAACAGAGAAAACAUACCGGGAGCCGAUUUCCAGCCUCCUCACAGCCGAGAAUUUAAACCUCCUCCAACCAAACCCAGCACAGAGAAGAAGAAGUCCCUCAAAGACGUCGUCUCUCCGCUGUGUGCGGCCAGACUGAAGCCGAUUAGACAGAAAACAAAGAACGCCGUUGUGAGUAUCCUGGACACAGGAGAGGUUUGCAUGGAGAUGUUAAAAAGCAUCAGCAGUCAAGAGAGAGUCAAAGAAGUUCUUCGGAUUUCACGGUGUGGUUCUAUGGUGACUAUUUACCAGCCUAACAAUGGAAAGGGUUUCCCUGUGCUGGACUGUCCUCCUGCUCCUCCAGAGGACAUCCUCAUCUGCAGCUACGAGGAUCUUCCAGAAAAAUACUGGAAGAAAUACCAGUACGCCUCCAAGUUUGUGCAGCUGGUCAAAUCCAAAACUCCAAAAGUGACUCUUUACACCAAGUACGCAAAGGUCAUGCUGAUGGAGAACUCUCCCAACGCAGACCUGGAGGUCUGCUUUUACGACGGAGCCAAGACGCACAAGACGCCAGAACUGGUGCGAGUGGUGGAGAAGAGCGGGAAGUCUUACACCGUGAAGGGGGAGGUGGGACUCAGUGGUCUAAGCCCAGAGAGUCGGCUCUACGUGGAGCUGUCUGAUGAAGGCCAUAGCAUGUGUCUGUCACUAGAGGCCGCCAUCACUGCAGAGGAGCAGCGCAGCACCAAGAACGUCCCUUUUUUCCCCAUAACUAUUGGCAGGAGACCUACCAACUCAGACUCCCCGUGUGCGUCAACACUGCCCUCCCAGCCGGCACCUCCGGACACAGCUUCACCUCCUCAUCCACCACAUAUCACUCCUUCAAUGAUUUCCUACGAUGGCUCUGAUUUCACCUCAGCCAGUCUGAGUAAGAAGACCUCUCCAGUCCGACAGGACCUGGUGCAAAGCACGGGAAAAGUGGUGAAGUCAAUAUUUGUGCCCAAUGUUGGAUGGGCGUCCCAGUUGACAAGCGGUGAAGUGUGGGUGCAGUUCAACGACGGGUCUCAGCUGGUGGUGCAGGCGGGGGUUUCCUGCAUCACAUACACGUCUCCUGAGGGAAAGAUCACCAGGUAUAAAGAGAAUGAAAAGUUACCAGAACACGUGAAGGAAAAGCUGCACUGUCUCUCCACCAUCCUGGGUCUGUUGGCCAACCCAUCCACACAUCACAGACAACUACAUUCAUAAUGGAAGAAAGCAUCCCAGCAACACAGACCUAGAACAGAACUGAACGUAGCAUUAGAAUCCUUUGUCCGUCGUCUGGUGUCCUUGUAAAUAUAUCUGUCUUUUUUUUACUUGUACAGAAAACUAAGAUUAUGAAAAUAUAUAUUUUUAUCUUAAUAUGAAACCAUUGUAUAGAGACAAUUGGCCUACUGGAAAAUGUGUUUGUGCAUCUGUCUUUUUUUACUGACUCCAGUUCUAUGAAAUAUUUGAUUCAUAAAUGCUGAACCAAUAAAUCGCUGGAGGCUGGGUGAAAAACUAAUCCUGUUUGCUGUGUC